GUUGUGUGCACCAUUCAUCAGAUUUGGAGAACGACGCCGUCUGUCGGCCAAAAGGUCCAUGUAAUGCGACGUCGUCGUUGCCAUUUGGUUCAUCGUCGCUUCAAAGGGGCCUGUUAUCUGUAACUGACUUUGCAGCUUCAGAGGAACCCAAUUGCAAAGAGAGAAGAAAAGGAGAAAGGGAAGAGCAGUAGGAGCAACCAUUGGAGCCAUGGUGAAACUCUUCGAUGCUCACUGUCACCUCCAAGACCCAAGAAUCUUUAACAAGGUCCCUCAACUAAUUAGAACAGCUGUUGACACUGGCAUAGUUUGUUUUGCUGUCAAUGGGAUCACUGAGAAAGACUGGCAUUUGGUCAAGCAGAUGAGUGAGUCCUAUCCUAGCGUAAUACCGUGCUUUGGGCUCCAUCCCUGGUUUGUCACCGAGAGGACUCCCAAUUGGUUGAGCACAUUGAAAGAAUUCUUUGAGUCUACCCCGUCUGCUGCGGUUGGAGAGAUUGGCCUCGACAAAGGUUCACGGGGAAGAGAGAUCGAUUUCACAGAUCAGAUUGAAGUUUUCAGGCAACAGCUUGAACUUGCCAAAGAGUUGAAAAGACCAGCAUCGGUCCAUUGUGUUCGUGCCUUUGGUGAUCUUCUUCAGAUAAUGAAAUCUGUGGGGCCUUUCCCUGAUGGAGUAAUUCUGCAUUCUUUCUUGGGUUCUGCUGAGAUGGUUCCUGAAUUUUCCAAGCUUGGUGCAUACUUUUCGUUCUCUGGGUUCCUAAUGUCCAUGAAAGAAAGUAAGGCAAAGAAAAUGUUGAAGUCAGUACCUGCCGAAAGAAUCUUACUGGAGACAGAUGCACCCGAUGCCCUACCGAAAUCAAAUAAUUUUGAUUCCCUGUUUCCGAUUGAAGGAGAUGAUUCUCUUCCUGCUGGAUUUCAGAUUCAGGGAGAAGAUUCUACUUCAAAUUGUUGCAGCCCAUCUCAAAAUCAGUCCCAAGAUGCAAGAGAUGCAUCGGCACAGCCAAAAGAAACACUUAAUCAUCCAGCUAACAUCCAUUAUGUGCUCAAAUAUGUUGCGUCUUUGCUUGAGAUGAGUGAAGAAGAACUAGCAGACUUGAGCUACAGAAAUGCACUACACUUGUUCUCUUACAAAGGUUCCAAAGUGCUACUGGAAGGUUAGUUUAGUUGUGCUUGUUUGUUGUGAGUUCAUACAUGGCACCAUUUCUCAUUUCAAGUAAAUUGUUUAUAUGUAAUAUUUGCUUCAUAAAGUGCAGUACAUGCCUGCAGCUACUUAUGACUCAUGAGUUACAAUCUUGUUAAUAAUUCUACACUGUAUGUGCAUUUUCUGUUUUUGAUCA